AUGAGCGCUGCUGGCAACACCACCGCUGGACUAGAGGGAGUGAACGCUGCUGGUAUAGAGGGAGUCAACGCUGCUAGUAUAGAGGGAGUGAGCGCCGCUGGCAACUCCACCGCUGGUACAGAGGGAUUGAGCGCCGCUGGCAACUCCACCGCUGGUACAGAGGGAUUGAGCGCCGCUGGCAAAACCACCGCUGGUAUAGAGGGAGUCAGAGCCGCAGAAAACACCACCGCUGGUAUAGAAGGAGUGAGCGCUGCUGGCAACACUGCCGCUGGCAACACUGCUACUGUCAACAGCACCGCUGGUAUAGAGGGAGUGAACGCUGCUGGUAUAGAGGGACUGAGCGCCUUUGGCAACACCGCCGCUGGCAACACCACCGCUGGUAUUGAGGUAGUUAACGCUGCUGGUAUAGAGGGACUGAGCGCCUUUGGCAACAGCGCCGCUGGCAACACCACCGCUGAGGGAGUGAGCGCCGCCGGCAACACCGCCGCUGGUAUUGAGGGAGUGAGCGCCGCCGGCAACACCGCCGCUGGUAUUGAGGGAGUGAGCGCCGCCGGCAACACCGCCGCUGGUAUAGAGGGAGUGAGCGCCGCCGGCAACACCGCCACUGGCAACACCGCUACUGGCAACACCACCGCUGGUAUAGAGGGAGUGAGGGCCGCAGGCAACACCUCCGCUGGUAUAGAGGAAGUGAGCGCCACUGUCAACACCGCCGCUGGUGUAGAGGGAGUGAGCGCCGCCGGCAACACCACCGCAAGUAUAGAGGGAGUGAGCGCCACUGUCAACACCGCCGCUGGUAUUGAGGGAGUGAGCGCCGCCGGCAACACCGCCGCUGGUAUAGAGGGAGUGAGCGCCGCCGGCAACACCGCCGCUGGUAUAGAGGGAGUGAGCGCCGCUGGCAACACCGCCGCUGGUAUUGAGGGAGUGAGCGCCGUCGGCAACACCGCCGCUGGUAUUGAGGGAGUGAGCGCCACUGUCAACACCGCCGCUGGUAUAGAGGGAGUGAGCGCCGCCGGCAACACCGCCGCUG